CAGAAAUGUUCCUCUGGGCUUGGUGGCGAGGUAGGCACUUUUCUAUCACAUCACAUGAAGAAUCACUUCGUUUCACUGGGACUGAACAUUUUGGCGGCUCCAGGCAGUGAAUUCACUCGGGCCAUGUAAAAUUGCAAGUUGGAAAGCAGCAUGGGAACGACUAGCUGUGCAGAAGGUGGCUCAGCGACCUUGUGAGAUCCGGUCUAAUCCAGUGCCAACAGAGAAGGGAAACUGUCUCUAGUUCUGGAUUAGGCAGCUGUUGAAGGAGGUCACCCUAGACCUCGCAUACAUGUCCCAAACUCCUCCCCUCCACGUCUCUGAUUGGUUGAGCUCCCCUGUGUGGAGGCAAUACAGAGAGUUCUCGUUGAAUGAAGUCUGCCUGUUGAUCUGACAAUAGUCGGUAUUGUUCUGUACCAUCACAGGCUUUAGAAACGGCUGCAUUUCACAGCCUUUGUAAUGCAUAUGACAUUCUUGUCAGCUAGGUAACCAUGUCUCCCAUUCCUGCAGAGGACACAUGCCGAACAAGCAGCCGUUGCUCUGAUUGGGUGGAGAUCCUGGAGCCACGCUCUCGUGAGCGUAUGUAUGUGAAUCUGACUACUGGUGAGUGCGGCUGGGAACCCCCCCCAGGUGUUCCGGUCCGCCAGGCAGACGGAAACCAGUGGUGGGAGCUGUUCGACCCCCACAGUGGGCGCUUCUACUACUACAACUCCACCGGGCGCCGCACCGUCUGGCAUCGUCCCCAGGGCGCUGAUAUAGUCCCCCUGUCGCAGCUUCAGGCCAUGAAGCGCUGCAGCGAUGCCAAACGAGCUGGAGGGGGUGUGGAGAGACACCCCCACGGGACCACGGGGAGCAUCAGCAGCGUGGGGAGCCAGGGCCGCUGCACCCCUCUGCCUGAGCACGAUGGAGACGGCACCCUUCCCAGAGCCCUGGAGAGCAGCGAGGACACCCCCAAUACUGAGCUGGACCCGUCAGUGGACAGCAGGUCACAGGGAGAUGGAAGCAGCACUGACCACAGCACCGAAAGCAGCAAGGAACCACAGAGGGAUGGUUCCCAAAGGUGGCAGCCUGUACCUGGCUCUAAGGCGGCCAUGUUGGUGAAGGUGAACAGUAUGAGCCGUGGCCAGCCAAGCCCAGCCUCACUGCAGCAGCAGCAGCAGCUGCAGCAGCUUCAGCACAGCACACAGGCCAAGGCCAACACAUUCACACUGCACCCCUCUAGCAACAAAGCCCAAGGGGGGCACUUAAGCUCCACACAGGGAUAUAAGACUGCCCCCUCUGGAAAAAUGGCAGCUGACACACGCCAGGCUCAUCACCUGAGAAAGGCCAGCAACGGCAGCUUCUGUUUGGUGAACGCUGACAGUAAUCAUCCCAGUCCACUGCUUCAGAGAGCCCAGACCAGCACACCACGACCUGUGUCCCCCCAGUAUGGCUGCACUGCCCCAAUCUAUGACGAGCCAGUUUCAGAGUGCCCCAUUUAUGAUGAACCACCUACAGACAUGGAGGUAGAAGGUGCACAUAUGUACAAUGGGCAACCUUUGUCUCGUCUGACCCCUACUCACAGCUUACAGAAGCCAAGAUACCUUCAGCACCCUGGUCCAGGGGCCAGACACAGGAGGAAUCCCUCUGCCUCAGACUACAGCCCAGCUGGUCUGGAGUGCAUCAAGCACAUGGUCAAUGUAGAUCCAAAACAGGGCCUCGUAUCUGGCUCUCCUGUACCCACCCGAACACCUUCCCCUAUUUCCAGGCAGGACCCAACCUUAGCCCAGCCUCAGCCACAUCCACCCCCCCAAGCCCACUCUCUGCCCCAGCCAAGGGGACAGGUGAGGGACAGAGAGCCAGGGACCCAGGGCCCAAGUACACUGGAUAAGAAGCAAAACUGGAGGGUCCUGGAGGCCACGGUCCAGCGUGCCAUGGAGGCCCGACACAGUAGGCAGAGUAGCCAGGCUUCACAGGACUUUCCCCCAUCAACCCCACAGACCACAGCAAACUAUCAGGACUCUGGUUACUCCACUGGCCCCUCCCCAAGUCUGAGGAGGAAAAGCAGGAGGAGGGUGGGAGCCGGCGGGGGAGCAGGAGGCAGACCGGGGUCGGUGGGGAGCAGUGGAGAGCUGUGCGCCCUCAAUGAGAGACUGAUGGCAGAGAUGAGGGAGGUGGUGAGUCGCUCCAACACCAUGAGGGAGGUGAGAGCUGGGCUGGACCCAGAGAUGGGGGACAGGGGUGUCAUACCUCGGACUCGCUCCCCUGCGGACUCACUCAGGUGGUAUGGAGGAGGAGGAGGGGGGUCAUCGGGCAGGUGUGCAUCACGAGAGGACCUCACUGGGCCCGCCCGCUCAUUGAGUCGGGCAGGUAACCUUGGAAACCCUGCACUGGCCCCUUUGGAGAUACCUGGAAGGCAGAAAAGGACAUAUGAAAAGGUGGAUACGUUGGACAUGAGUGUCAACAGCCAAGCCAGUCUGUCCUCACCAGAGACCCCAGGACCGCCCUCUCAGGUUGGAACCCUGGAGCUCCAGGCUCAGCUGGACAGUAGGAAAAAAGGCCUGGUGGAUGGGCGUACUGCUUCCUUGGGCCCCCACCGCCCUGCUGCCCAUGACACCAGAGAGGGAGGUGAGGGAGGAGGCAGAGCAGGAGGCUCUUCGUACCAGCUGUGCUACGCCACCCUGCGACAGCCCCCGCCUCCUGACAUGGGUAUGGAGGACUGGGCCAGUAAGCACCUCAACAUGCACACCCAAGGCCUGUUCCGGCGCCGCGUCUCCAUCGCCAACAUGCUUUCCUGGAAUCGCGGCUCCAUCAAAAAACCCAUGCUCGUCACCAGCAACCGCGCCGUCAGGAAGGAGGCCUGCGAGAUGUUCAAACUGGUGCAGGCCUACAUGGGAGACCGCCCGUCACGCCUGGACCGCCGUCACUGCGCCCUCCUCAUUGUCACUAAGUGCUGGGACAUGCCAGGGCUGCGGGACGAGCUGUACGUGCAGCUGGUGAGGCAGACCACAGGAAACGCCAGCCCCAGGAGUCUGGCGGCGGGCUGGGAGCUGAUGGCGGUCAGCUUGGCCUUCUUUGCACCUUCACCAAAGUUCCGUUGCUACCUGGAAGGAUACAUCCAGAGGCACACGGAUCCCACCAGCGACAAGAAAUGUGAGUCUCAGACUGAGCAACAGGUGACUCAGUUCAUUCUGGAACAGCAGGAAAUGAAGCUGAAGAAGAAUUCAAAGUCCAGAAAGAAGCGAAAACAGAACACAGAAGAGGAAGAGGGUCUGCCUGUCAGCACAUACGCCAAGUUCUGCCAUCGGAAGCUGCAGAAGGUGGCGAUCACAGGAGGCAAAAAGGGGCUGCGUAAGCCCACCUUGGAGGAGAUCGACCACAGCAGGAGGGCCAUCAUCACCCCCUCCCUGUUCGGCAGUUCCCUGGAGGAGGUGAUGGAGAGACAGAGCGAACUGUUCCCAGACAGGAAGCUGCCGUGGGUGCAGGUUCAGCUGUCGCAGUAUGUCCUGGCUCUGGGCGGAGCUCAGACGGAGGGCAUCUUCAGAGUGCCCGGUGAUAUAGAUGAGGUGAACGCGCUGAAGCUCCAGGUGGACCAGUGGAGGAUCCCAGAGAACCUGUCUGACCCUAACGUUCCAGCCUCUCUGAUGAAGCUGUGGUAUCGGGAACUGGAGGAACCUCUCAUCCCCAUGAACUUCUACAAACAGUGUGUCAGUAACUGUGACGACCCGGUGGCGGCCAUCGCUGUGGUCCAGUCUCUGCCGGAGCUCAACAGGCUGGUGCUUUGCUACUUUAUCCACUUCCUGCAGGUGUUUGCUCAACCAGCCAAUGUGGCCAUAACCAAAAUGGAUGUGAACAACCUGGCCAUGGUCAUGGCUCCAAACUGCCUCCGAUGCCAAUCAGACGACCCUCGCAUCAUAUUCGAGAACACGCGUAAGGAGAUGUCGUUCCUGCGGAUGCUCAUCGUUCACCUGGACACCAGUUUCGUUGAAGGGGUGGUGUAGGGACGUGAAAGCCCACGCCCCCCUGCAGAUUCAGUUCCACCUGUACAUUCUGAUCUGUGUUCAAGCAUAAACACUGUCUGAGUUCCAACCACACUGGAAACAUUACAAACAGGACAAGUAUGAACCCACUGGGUCAUCAUCAUCUCCUCCGUUCUCACUCAGAUACUGUAUUUCAUGGCCUGAGGUUUCAUUGUGUCCGCAAUGACACACAUGAACCACAGAGCAGAUGAAAUUGUGAAAUAGAAGCUGUGUUGAAAGCAGCUCCGUCUAACGCCUCUUUUCUAACGACUGCAUGUGAAAACAAACGUACCUUCACUUCAGACCUUCUGGACUCAUGUGGAAGAGUCUGACAGCGUUUACUACAAAAGUAUUCACCUGCACAAGAGCAUUUGGAACAGCAGUGUUGAUUCUCUGAAGUGUGUUACGUGUGUGUGUGCAGAUGAUUGUGUGUGUGUGUGUGUGUGUGUGUGUACUAAAGACACUGCCUUCUUCUCUCCUGUACAGAUAACUCUUUUGUCCUUCUUAAUACUCUUGCCUGUGCUGUUGUGAGUAGUCGUACUGAUAGCUGGUCUCCUCUUAUUUCACUUUCUGAGACAAAGGAAGCUGCGCCGCUGCGUCUGUUUGACAGAACAGAGCCUCCAUUUCAAAGCACAAACGGGAGGAUGUGUGAAAAAGCAGCAAAUAAUCUUCAAUAAGUGCUUUGAUUUUACAACUUUGUAUGACUGAGCCCCAGAGUGUCGUAUCUGAAGUUUCUGUGCUCGUGUCCUUGUCAUGUGGGACGUGGUUUAUUCCACUGAUAAUAAUCCUCUAUUAUCUAUGAGACGUCUGUGUGUUGGAACUGUGUUCUCUUUGUUUGUGCUCUGUGUGUUUUUUGGCUCAGGUCUUCAGAUUAAAUGGGUGUGGGAUGUGAUUAGUGUACGUGGCGUCUCCCUCAGACCCAAGAACCCGAGUCCAGAGAACCGAGUCUUGUUGGACUGUCAGGCACUAGAAGAAUGUAGACUAACUGUUUAGUGUCCCCUCUCAGGCCUCUGGUGUAAAUACAUUCAGCAUGUACAUAGUAUUAACUCUCCUAAGUCUAUUCUAAUGAUUCAGGUUAAGGGCGGAGUCGACUGUUGCUGUAAAGAGCAAUAAAAAAGGUGUUUUUGUAAUUCCUUCCUUUCUCUGCUGUAACCGCCUGCCCUCAGAUAUAGGACUGAUUCAAACCACUUUCCAUGUGUGUAUAUGUGUGUAUAACUUCUGUUAUAAUAUGGAAUGACUGUCCAUAAAUAAAGGUUUGUUCAAUU